AACUUAGACACGACCUACUAAAUAAAAUAUGGAGGCAAGUCGAUAGAAACCGAUGUAACUGAUGUAAACAAUAUUUGAAAGUGUUAUGAGGGAAACUCUAAUCACAAAAUCAGACCAGUGAUGACUGCAAAUUUACAGAUUUUGUAUAAUGGGUUCCAAUCCAAGUAAACAGAAAGAAAAAAGAAGCCAGUCAGUAGCGGAGGUUCGAAUUCUCGCUAAUGGACACGUGCCCCCGCGCCGAACCGUCAGCACCCUGAGCCGGGUCGCGGAGGUCAGUGGCAGGGAGAAGAGGAACCCGGAGGAACCUGUGGUGGAGUUUCCCCAGGAGGAGUACAAAGACGGGAAGCUAGGAAUUACGAGUAAGGACACCAUACUCAAUUACCUGGACUCCUUAGAGGAUGGAGAAUUGUUUUGUGACCCAGACUUCAAUGCAGACAGAUUUGCUCUCUUCUACAGUGACAGAGAUGCAUCUGAUUUCUACUGGAAGCGACCUGUGGACUUGGUGGAAGAGUGGCAGACCCCCCAGCUGAUGGUGGACGGGGUCACCAGAGACGACAUCAAACAGGGAACCCUGGGAGAUUGCUGGUUCCUCUCCGCAUGCGCAGCAGUGUCUCAGAAAAAAGAGUUUAUGAAAAAAAUAGUCCCAUCAGACCAGCCUCUGUGUGGUCCAGGCUACAAGGGCGUGGUGCAUUUCCGGUUCUGGAGAUUUGGUGACUGGGUGGACGUGUACAUAGACGACCUACUCCCCACGGUGAACGGGAAGCUCGUCUACGGCAGAUGUACAGAGCCCCAGGAAUUCUGGGUAGCGCUCAUCGAGAAGGCCUAUGCAAAAUUGCAUGGUUCAUAUGAAGCCAUUGAGGGGGGUCAGUCCAUGGAUGCCUUGGUCGAUCUGACGGGAGGGAUACCCAGAUUGUAUGAAAUUCAAGACAAAGACCCAUUUCUCUACAGAAUGAUAGAGAAAGCUCAACAAAAGGGUGCCUUCAUCACAUGCUCAAGAAAGGGUAACUGGAAGUUAAGUACCAAAGCCGAUCCAAAUGGUUUGGUGUCUGGCCAUGCUUACACUGUCACCGAGGUCAGAAAGAUAAAACAUGUGAGGGGAGAGGAUAAGCUGGUCAGGAUCAGAAAUCCCUGGGGUGACAACAACGAAUGGAAGGGCUCAUGGAGUGACAGUGAUGUGAACUGGACUUGGGUGGAUGAUCAGACAAAGAAAGAGAUCGGUCUCCAGGCCAAGGAUGACGGUGAGUUCUGGAUGUCCUACAGAGACUUCUGUAAACAGUUCCAGGAAGUGACCAUCUGUCAGUACGGACCAGACUUUGAUGGGGAUGGCGUGGUCGAUAAAUUUGGGUGCUAUGCAUGUGUGAAAGGGAGAUGGGAAUGUGAUAAGAAUGCUGGUGGGAGCAGGAAUGACCUUCAGAAGUUUGCUACAAACCCUCAGUACAUACUCACUCUUCCAGAAGCAGAUGACUUUGAUCCUCAGAAGGAUGACCCUGAUCUUGAAGGAUUGUGUUCUAUAGUCAUUUCCUUGAUGCAGGAGCAUCGCCAGUCAACUCGUAAUGUCAAAGUCAAGAAACUGCAGAUAGGAUUCUUCUUAUACAGAACAGAAGAUCCAACAAAGAAGCUGUCCCCGCAACAUUUCCGCUACACCCCUGACAGCGGUAAGUCGGGUGUGUACAUCAACUACCGAGAGGUCAGCCAACAGUUUGAGCUGGAGCCUGGCCAUUACGUGCUCAUUCCUUCCACGUUUCACCACAACGAAGCUGCUGAUUACAUGAUACGGGUGUUUGGGGAGAAGUCAUUUACUCUUGAGGGACCGUUAGAGUGAUUCUCAAGUCGCCAUCUCCUUCAACUAUAUGUCAGCAUAAUACAUCUAAAAGUGGUCAAUCAGGCCAUCUAAUGAUCGACCAGCAAUAGAUAUCCGGCUUCAGAAAUCCGACUCACUGGAUUGCAUCUGUGACUAUUUUCAUAUUAAGUAUUAUGUAAAGUACCGUAUAUAUUACAAAAAUGAAUGAAUGUAGACUAGUGGUAUCUCAGAAAUAUAUUUUUUUAUUUUUGUUAUUUGAAAAGCAAUUAAUUAAACUAUUUGUGUUUUGCGUGGAAAAAAAAAUUAGGAGUUUUUUUUUUUUUCAUUAUGAUUCAGAGUUUGUAUUAUAUGAAUAAAUUGUUGACUUGUUGCAUGUUGUACAGUUACUUGUUUGAAAGAUCUAGAGGUUAUAUUAGCCUUAUAAUUCUUUUUAUAUAUUACAGGCACUAUUUUAAAUGUUUUUAGAAUUAUACGUUUUGUCCUGGUGUAUCUGAGAAUUAUUUUCCUGUUUUUAUCAGUAUAUGAUUUGUAUAUGUGAUAUACAUUAAUCAUGCUCAGUGUCAAUGCAAUGCUCCUAUUUAUCAAUUAAUUAGGCUGUUCAACCACCAGAGUAUAGCUGUAGGAUUAAUUGUUGCUGUCUGAGUUUUUGAAUAUAUUAUAAAUAUGAAAAAUUUUCUAGAUAUACUUAUGAAUGUAAUAUAAAUUUCUGUUAAUUUCAUUAAAUCUAGUCAAUGUUACAAGUGUCUGGAACACUAACGAGUUACUAUAUAUAGCUGUACUUAUGUACCGUACAUUAAUUGUUUUUACAUUUUUAAUUGAUGUUCAUAUAUAUUUUCAGCAUGUUUUAUUUUUUUAUAUUGAUUAUUAUUAUUAUCUUAUUUAUUGUGUUUAUUUAGAAUAUGAAUUAUAGUGUUAAUUUUUUUUUUUAAACUUUCUGUUAAUAUUUUAUUGUAAUAUGAUAUGAUGUGCCUUCAAUGUUUAUCAACAUAAAUAUAGUGUUGUUAUUGUUAUAAUUAAUGUCACUUAAUAUAGAUCUACACCAAUAAAAUUUUGAAUUUAUUUC